AUGUCCUUAUUGUUAUUACGACCAAUAAACGGCAUUCCCUCACUAGGAAAAUUGGGUAGGUCGUUGAUUAAUAAUCAUUCUGCCAGAUUUAUAACAGCAACAAGUUACGUAAGGGGAGAAGUUCAGGAUAUUACACCACUACAAGAGUAUGAUAGACAAGUUAAACUUGGAAAACUAAGGGAUGACCCGUUUCAACGUGGUAUUUUAAAGUCUAUGGAACAUAUGUACAAGGAUUUAUUAGCUUAUCAACCACCUUCAACAGAUUCUAUAAAGUUACCUUUACCAAUCCAAAACUUAACAUGGAGAUCGAAAUUAUUGGCAAAGUUUCGUUAUCCUACGGAUAUAACAGAUAGUGAUGUGAAUACGAUUGGUGAAAAUUUACCAAAGGGUAUUUACCUAUAUGGUGAUGUCGGUUGUGGUAAAACUAUGUUGAUGGAUUUGUUUUAUACAACCAUCCCUAAAAGUUUAUCAAAAAAAAGAAUCCAUUUCCAUCAAUUUAUGCAAUACGUUCAUAAACGUAGUCAUGAAAUCUCUCAGGAACAACAGGAACUAAGAGAGGACCCCCAUGAAGAGAUCGAUACUAUUCCAUUUUUGGCUAAAGAAAUUGCAAUGACAUCUCGAGUAUUGUGUUUUGAUGAAUUCCAAGUCACUGAUGUUGCCGAUGCCAUGAUAUUGAGAAGACUUUUCUCAACAAUUCUGGGAGAUAAAUAUGGUGUGAUUUUAUUCACAACAUCCAAUAGAGAACCAAAUGAUCUAUACAUCAAUGGGAUUCAAAGGGAAUCAUUUAUUCCAUGUAUCGAACUAAUCAAGAAUAGAACCGAGGUUAUAUGUUUGGAUUCCGAAACUGAUUAUCGUAAAAUUCCUAAGCCAGUUUCUUCUGUUUAUUAUUAUCCAAAAAAUGAAUUAAAGUAUUCCUCUAGAGAAUGUGAAUUAUUUAGAAAGAACCACAUCAGUAAAUGGUAUGAAUAUUUUGCACAAGUUGAUGAGUCGGAUCCUGUGGCAGCUCAAAAGAAGUCAGUGUAUAAGGAGUUUAAUGAUUACCCGUUGACUAUUUGGGGUAGAGAAUUCAAGGUCCCUAAAUGUACUCCACCAAGAGUCGCACAAUUUACUUUUAAACAACUCUGUGGACAACCUUUAGCUGCUGGUGAUUACUUGAUUCUGGCCAAGAAUUUCGAUGCAUUUAUAGUCACUGAUAUACCUUAUCUUUCUAUUUUUGUUAGAGAUGAAAUAAGAAGGUUUAUUACGUUUUUGGAUGCUGUUUACGAUAAUGGUGGGAAACUAUCCACCACAGGUGCUGCUAAUUUCACGGACUUGUUUGUUGAACCGGAAGAUAUCCUAAAUGACUACGAAUUAAAACCUAAACCACAGGAGACAGAAGAACAAGCUCAACAAGAAGAACAAGUAGUGAAUAGUGAUGCAUUAGUUGCCAAACAUGGAUUUUCUAAAGAAGUUGCAAAGAAGUCCCAUAUUUUUGCUCUAGACGAAGAAAGAUUCGCCUUCGCCAGAGCAUUAAGUAGAUUAACACAAAUGAGUAGUACGGAAUGGGUUACUAAAAAGAAAAUACAAUGA